AUGAGUGCUCCUACCCGCCCACGAGCUGCCGAAGAGGUCUGGCUGCCACAAGACGGCAUCCUACAAGAAUACAAGGACGUUGUACGGCGGAUGCUGACACACCGAAUCGUCCGAAUCAACGAUAUCUGGUGCGAAUGGGGGUGGAGGGAAUUAUAUAAGGAAGACGAGAGCAGUGGCGAGACGUUCACUACAUACGCACUUCAGGCCAGAAAGAUCGAGCGGGGCAGCGAAUCUCUGGAUCCCAUGGCCGUUUACGACAAGUUCAGGACUCACAGAAAGGAGUCCGGAUGGUUGUUCCCUGCCAGGUGUGUCGAAGCUGCUUUCAGGUGGGACAUGCCACCUCGGUGGCUGCGGGCGCAACGCACAUUCCGUCUACUGUUCGAUCAGACGGGGUUCCACAAGAAAGCCGAGGUCGACGCGGACUUUGCUAUAGCAUAUGCCAUAGCGAAGCGCCGAGAACUACUAGACCAUCGCAGAACUCGGAAGGACGAUCCCGUUGAAGUCUGUGGCUUGGAAGAGAUUGCUGAGCUUGCGACGUCUUUCGUCGCAUCGGUGGGGGAUACUAUCUUAGACCUCCGAAGCGUUUUGAAAGACAAAGGCGACCGGGAUACCACAGACGAAAAGGUGAUCCAAGCGUUCUUUACCAAAAGACAGUUCGAAGAAUCAGAGAUCGACAAGAGGUCUCAGCGAUACAUGGAAUCCUGUGAGGUGGAUGGAGAUCGGCGUGUAGCAGCUGCUUAUGGCGCUCGAAUGUUGUUCGAGAAAUAUCCAGAGCUCAGCAAAGACGUCUUUCGUGAUAUCCAGUGCAUGUCUAUGAACAUCUCCACGAGUAUCGCGACGGAACUUGAGGAAAUAAUUGACUCCACUGUAUCGAACUAUCUCGCCAAUUCGUUGAGUCAAGAGAGUAUCCUCAGGAUGGAUCCAUCGAAGCUUGCCAAUCCGCGUAUGGCAGAAAUCAUACAGGUCAGAGGAGAUCAACUUAGACGUAGAGAGGAAAGAAAGAGAAGAGGAAGGAGAAGAGCUAAGAGAGCCAUGCAGCCGCCGGCAUCGAGUGCUUCCGAAGAAAAUCCAUCGUCACUCAGUCCAGAAGCUAUAUCGAUGUCGAUCCGCACGAAGGCUACAUCGACGUCCACCGGUGUCUAA